AUGGAAAACGAUAAGGGAGAACUCGUCGACCUCUACGUCCCCCGCAAGUGCAGCGCCACCAACCGCAUCAUCAAGGCCAAGGACCACGCCUCAGUGCAGAUCUCCGUCGGCAAGGUCGACGAGACCGGCCGCUACACCGGCGAGAACAUCACCUACGCCCUGUGCGGCUUCGUCCGAUCCAUGGGCGAGAGCGACGACUCGCUCAACAGGCUGGCCCAGAGGGAUGGUCUGUUGAAGAACGUUUGGUCGGCGGCGCGCCAGCACUAG